AUCUCCACGCGAAUCCCUCCACCUCUAAAGUAACGCGGCCGAGGAAGGGCUGUGCCGCGGCACAUACGGCAACGGCAAAAGAAGUACCGCGGGGGGUGUGAAAGUAGCGCGGGUCGCGCUGGGUUCAACUUCGCUCCGCGUCCGAUACAUUUUUUUGUAUCUCCCCCCCUCCUCCUUCGACGACGACGACGAAGAAGAAAUUUGUGGGGUUUUUUUGGUGUGUCGCUACCCAAUUUUCCCUUCCUCGAUCCAAAGGGGAAUGCUGAUCGCGGCGGCGCGGGCUGCGUGCUGAUCGGAGCCCACGAUGUGGCCGCUUCUGCGACUCCUGCUGCUGCUGGUGGUGGCGACUCCGCUUGCCGAGCUGGCGGGAGGCUCCACAGCACCACCACCACCGCUGCUCCUCUUCGCCAACCGUCGUGACGUUCGACUUGUGGCGACCACACGCCCAGACGGCGCUGCGGGUCCCCCCGCGAUUGGCGGUGGUGGCGGCGGCGGCAGCAGCAGCGGUGUCGGCGCCAGCGUUGCCAACUCCACGGUGGUGGUGGUGGGUGGCCUGGAAGACGCCGUUGCCGUGGACUUCCUGUUUGGAGAGUCCGCUGUCUAUUGGACGGACCUGGGCGAGGAGGCCAUCAAGCGAGCGUCCAUCGUCAAUGGGACGGCAUGGGGGGGAGCGGCGGGCGCGCCGCCGUCGGCGGGGGCCGGCGCGUGGCCGCAAGUGACGAUCGUGGCGACGGGGCUGGUGUCGCCGGAUGGGCUGGCGUGCGACUGGCUGGGGCGCAAGCUCUACUGGACCGACUCGGAGACGAACCGCGUGGAGCUGGCCGAGCUGGAUGGCUCGCACCGCAAGGUGCUUGUGUGGCAGGACCUGGACCAGCCGCGCGCCAUCGCGCUGCACCCGGCACAGGGAUUCAUGUACUGGACGGACUGGGGCGAGGUGCCGAAGAUCGAGAGGGCGGGCAUGGACGGCACGUCGCGCUCCGUGCUCAUCGUCGACAACAUCUACUGGCCCAACGGCCUCACGCUCGACUACGACAGUGGCAAGCUGUACUGGGCCGACGCCAAGCUCAACUACAUCCACCGGUGCAACCUGGACGGCUCCUUCCGGCAAGACGUGAUCGCGGGGAACCUACCGCACCCGUUUGCGCUCACGGUGUUUGGCGACACGCUCUACUGGACCGACUGGCAGACGCGCUCCAUCCAGGCGUGCCACAAGGAGACGGGCGAGCGCCGCCAGGAGAUCCUCUCCAACAUCUACUCGCCCAUGGACAUUCACAUCUACAGCGCGCAGCGCCAGCCCGCAGGAUCGAGCCCCUGCGAUCGCGACAAUGGCGGUUGCUCGCACCUGUGCCUGCUGUCGCCGAACAAGCCCUUCUACUCGUGCGCCUGUCCCACCGGCGUGCGGCUCCUGGACAACAACAAGACCUGCCGCAACGGCCCCGCGGAGCUGCUGCUGCUGGCGCGACGCACCGACCUUCGCACCAUCUCGCUGGACACGCCGGACUUCACGGCGGUGAUGCUGCCGCUGGAGGGAGUGCGCCACGCCAUCGCCCUCGACUUCCACCCGGGCGAGCACCACGUCGUCGACCGACACCCGCGCGACGACGCCGCUGCCGCCGGCCCUGACGGCGAAGGCGGCGGUCACGUGUACUGGACGGACGACAACGCCCAGACGAUACGGCGCGCCAGGCUCGACGGCUCCGCCAGCGAGGUGCUCGUCUCGCUGGAGAUCGAGCACCCCGACGGCAUCGCCGUGGACUGGGUGGCGCGCAACCUCUACUGGACCGACACGGGCACAGAUCGCAUCGAGGUGGCGCGCCUCGACGGCUCCAGCCGCCGCGUGCUCGUGAGCGACGGGCUCGACGAACCCAGGGCCAUCGUCCUUGACCCCAUGGCCGGCUACAUGUACUGGAGCGACUGGGGAGAGCUGCCCAAGAUCGAGCGGGCUUACCUGGAUGGGACGGAGCGAUCGGUGCUGGUCAACACCUCCCUCGGCUGGCCCAACGGCCUCGCCCUCGACUACUCCGAGGGCAAGAUCUACUGGGGCGAUGCCAAGACCGACAAGAUUGAGGUGAUGCGCGUGGACGGCACGGGGCGGAAGGUGCUCGUGGAGGACAAGCUGCCGCACAUCUUCGGCUUCAGCCUGCUGGGCGACUGGCUCUAUUGGACCGACUGGCAGCGGCGCUCCAUCGAGCGCGUGCACAAGCGCACGCUGGUGCGCGAGGUCAUCGUCGAGCAGCUGCCCGACCUCAUGGGCCUCAAGGCCACCGGCACGCGGCCGCUGGGAGGUACGAACCCGUGCACCCUCGACAACGGCGGCUGCAGCCACCUGUGCCUGUACCGGCCGGUGGGGCCGCGGUGCGCGUGCCCCAUGGGCCUGGAGCUGCUGGGCGACAUGCACACCUGCAUCUUGCCCGAGGCCUUCCUGCUGUUCUCACGCCGCGCGGACAUCCGCCGCAUCUCGCUCGAGACGAGCCACAACGACGUGGCCAUCCCACUCGCCGGCGUCAAGGAGGCGUCCGCCCUGGACUUCGACGUGAGCGACGGGCGCAUCUACUGGACCGACAUCAGCCUCAAGAUGAUCAGCCGCGCGUACAUGAACGGCAGCUCGCUGGAGCACGUGGUGGAGUUUGGGCUGGACUCGCCCGAGGGCCUCGCCGUCGACUGGCUGGGCCGCAACCUCUACUGGGCCGACACGGGCACCAACCGCAUCGAGGUGGCGCGCCUCGACGGCUCGCACCGCCAGGUGCUCGUGUGGAAGGACCUGGACAACCCGCGCGCCCUCGUUGUGGACCCUGAGGAAGGAUUCAUGUACUGGACGGAGUGGGGCGGCAGCCCGCGCAUCGAGCGGGCGGGCAUGGACGGCUCGGUGCGCGUCACGCUGCUGGGCAACAUGGGGCGCGCCAACGGCCUCACCAUCGACUACGCCGAGCGGCGCCUCUACUGGGCUGACCUCGACACCAACCUCAUCGAGUCGUCCAACAUGCUCGGCACGGGCCGCGAGGUGAUCGCCCAGGACCUGCCGCACCCCUUUGGGCUCACCCAGUACCGCGACCACAUCUACUGGACGGACUGGAGCCGGCGCAGCAUCGAGCGCGCCGACAAGGCCAGCGGCGGCAACCGCACCCUCAUACAGGAGCAGCUGGACUUCGUGAUGGACAUCCUGGUGUUCCACUCGUCUAGGCAGGGCGGCUCGAACUCGUGUGCGGAGGACAGCGGCGGCGCGGGCUGCUCGCACCUCUGCCUGGCGCGCCCGGGCGGGUACACGUGCGCGUGUUCCGCCCACUACACCCUGAAGCUGUCCGAUAACCGCACUUGCGUUCCCCCGAGCUCGUUCCUGCUGUUCAGCCAGCGCAGCAGCGUGAGCCGCAUGGUGCUGGACGAGCAGCAGAGCCCCGACAUGGUGCUGCCCAUCCACCCGAUGCGCAGCGUCCGCGCCCUCGCCUACGACCCCCUCGACCGCCUCCUUUACUGGGUCGACUCGCGGCAGAACGCCAUCCGGCGGGCGCGCGAGGACGGAACGCAGGUGCUGUCUCUGUUGUCGAGCCCCAGCGCGGAGCUGCAGCCGUACGACCUGAGCCUGGACAUGUUCGGCCGCCUGCUCUACUGGACGUGCGAGGCCACCAACGUCAUCAACGUGACGCGCCUCGACGGCCGCCCGCUGGGCGUCGUGCUCAGGGGCCCCGCUGAUCGGCCCCGCGCCAUCGUCGUGAACCCCGAGAGGGGCUACAUGUACUUCACAAACAUGCAGGACCGCCUGCCGCGCAUCGAGCGUGCGUCGCUGGACGGCACGGAGCGCGAGGUGCUCUUCUCCACGGGCCUUGGCCGCCCCGUCGCCCUCGCCAUCGACAACAAACUGGGGCGCCUCUUCUGGGCCGACUCGGAGCUCAAGCGCAUCGAGAGCAGCGACCUGUCUGGGGCCAACCGGCAACUGCUGCAGGACAGCCUGCUGCAGCCGCUGGGACUCACGGUGCUGGGCCAGUACCUGUACUGGAUCGACAGGCAGCCUCAGCUCAUCGAGCGCGCCGAGAAACUGAGCAGCGCCGGGAGGACCAAGAUCCUGGCGCGGGUGUCUCACCUGACGGCUCUGCACGCCGCGCAGGAGCUGGACCCCGUCGCAUACCGGAGCCACCCGUGUGUGCAGGACAACGGAGGCUGCUCGCACUUGUGCAUCGUGAAGGGCGACGGCACGACGCGCUGCUCCUGCCCCGUGCACCUGGUGCUGCAGCAGGACGAGUUGACCUGCGGAGAGCCCCCCACGUGCUCGCCGGACCAGUUUGCGUGCCUGAGCGGCGAGAUCGACUGCAUUCCGCUGGCGUGGCGCUGCGAUGGCUACGCCGAGUGCUCGGACAAGAGCGAUGAGAGCGACUGCCCCGUGUGCCACCCGGACGCCGAGUUCCAGUGCCGCAGCGGGCAGUGCGUGGACGCCGCGCUGCGCUGCAACAAGGAGAAGGAUUGCCAGGACACGUCCGACGAGGAGGACUGCACCGACCCUUGUCUGGCGGACGAGUUCCGCUGCACCAGCGGGCAGUGCGUCAAGAAACUCCACCGCUGCGACGAAAACUACGACUGCAAGGACAGCUCGGAUGAAGUCGGCUGCACUCCCAUCGGCCCUGACGGUGAGAAGUCCGGCGUCGCCGAGUACCCGGUGACGAGCAUCGCGGGCGCCGUCAUCGGCGUCACUCUGGCGCUCAUCGUGCUGGCGGCGCUCUACUUCACGUGCCAGCGCGUCGUGUGCCCGCGCGUCAAGGCCGUCUCGGGCGGGAUCCCGCAGCCCGAGUUCGUGCUCAGCUCCACCGCCGCCGCGGUCGUGGGCCAGUCCCUGGGCGCGCCGUCGGCCAACACCUGCGUGGGCAUCGGCGGAGGCGGGGGCCCUGGCGCCGGCGGUACCGGUAUCGGUAACGGUGGAGUGGGGCAGAAUGGGACGGGGAUGACCAACGGAGGAGGAGUUCCCACGGGCCACGGAACCCUGGGAUACCCGCCGCCGCCGCCGGCCAUGCAGCCGGCGCUCGCAGGAGUGGUACGUGGCGGCAAGAGCUUGCUGAGUGCCGUGAGCCUCACCGGAGGGAGCAGCGGGCCCGGCAUGUACGACCGCAACCACGUCACCGGCGCCUCCUCCAGCAGCACCAGCAGCAAGACGUCCUUCUACCCGAUGAUCCUGAAUCCGCCGCCGUCUCCCGCGACGGUGCGGUCCCAGUACACGACGGCCGAGUACCUCUACUCCAACAGCCCUUCCACCACGCGCUCGUACAGGCACUACCGGGGCCGCAACGUCGCCCCUCCGCCAACGCCGUACAGCACGGACGUGGGCGAGAGCGACUCGGCGCCCGAGCGCCGGCCGCUCACGCGGCCCAAGCGGCCGCGCCGGCCUCCCCCGCAGCACUUUGCUCCGCCGCCCACGCCGCACAGCCAGUACCUGUCGCCCGAGGAGGACAACAACGGCUACGAGGGUUGCCCGCCGUCGCCAGCGACGGAACGCAGCUACUUCGAGCUCUACCCGCCGCCCCCGUCGCCCAACACGGACUCCUGCUGAGCGGGAAGGUCUGGGUUGGAGUUCGGGACGGGGAGGGCGGAUGGAGAACGGCUGCUGCUCCGGGGACUGCGGAGUUGCCUCGAGGAGAAACGGCAACUGUCGCCGGUCGCCGCGGGUCGCCGCUACCGCGAGCCGUUGCCAGACACGGGGACUCCUGCUGAGCGGGAGGGUCUGGGUUGGAGUUUGGGGACGGGGAGGCGGGGGAGGCGAGGUUGGGAGAGCGGCCGGCCCGGCUGUGCAGGACUGCGAGUGACAACCGGAGAAACGGGCGUUGGUUUGUCCUCUCUCCGCGUCGGCCGGCCCUGUUUGAAAGCCGGCCGACCCUCGUGCUGUGCCUAGACGUUCGCUCCGUCCGUCCGUCCGUCCGUCCGUCCAUCGAAGACUGUUGACGCGCUGUACCACGUGCUUUAAUUUUAUAUAAAAUGCAAAAAUAAUAGAAAAAAAUGUAAAGAGAAAAAAAUUAAGAUGUGAGACAGGGAUAACGCCACCCCAACGUCGUGGACUCGUAGCGCCCACACCCGCACCGUCUCGACGGCGGUUUGGUGCUCCUCGUAUUUAUCGUCGCGCACGCUGUCACGAAGAACCAAAGCGGGCCCGUUGUGUGUUUCCCCCCCCCACCACCGCCCCGGAGCAACAAACUCUCCCCGCCACCGGCGCCACGCAGACGGUCGCUCUCCCCCGCGGUGAGAACCAAAGCCUUGGGACCCCGCUGCGAGACAACGGCGGAUCCCUGCGUUGACGGAAUACAAGCGUGGCGGUCGCAGAGGUCCGCUCUGAACAUCCCCCGCCCCCCACACCACGUCGGUGCUGUUGACCGAGCGGACAGAGCGGUCACCCUCCCGGCUCAUCACCAAAAGGGCCCCUUUUUAGUAACUUUGUUGUUUGCUUUUCAUUUUUGGUGUCCACAACGCCCGCCCGCCCAGUCCGCCCGCCCGCCCUGCGGCGACCCGUAACUCUGCACUGGGCCAGAACCGACGGUUUUUAUACUUUUCUCGGUUCCGCGGUUCUGUUGGAACGCGGUCGCCUGUGGCGGCGUGGCAACCGCUCCCGCAGCGUGCGCUGGGGCACUGCCCGGCAUCUCUGCCAGCGCCAGUUUUAUCGUCAGGUCUGAUCUAAAGUUCGAGGGCCCCCCCCCCACCCCCCUGGAAGCUCCCACGAGGGGAGGACACAACGAGCUGAGGCGAGAGAGAGAGAGAAGAGACCCCAUCGUGUGCCCCGUACCGCGUUCUCCGGAGUUGUGACGCACUAUGUUUUAGCCGAUAUUUUAAAUCAAAAGUUGGGUUGGCAGGUGCGUCUUACAAUCCGGCGUGUAACUUUAAUGACAAGCGGGACACAACUUAGGCUGGGGGGGAGGGGGGUGGGGGGGGGUGGCGUCAUUCGUCUUAAGACUUUCUCUCCCGGGGGAGAAUUAGCGGUCACGGGCUGUUGGAAGUCGUCCAUUCCCGUCGGUUGUUUUCACCCCCGCGUGUUACGAUCCCACACCGGGGGUGGGGGGAGGGGGUUGGUUCACGAGAAUCGCUGUCGCGCCCCGCUCGGCGAAUGGACGUCGCGUGCGGGCGCGUCCCAGGCUCCCGACUCUCUCCCCACCGCACCGCGUGUUGUGUGAGUCUCCCCCCCCGCAUGGUUUACCUGACUUGUAAGGGCGAAGAGAUAUGCUGUACAGUAUUUUUAUACAUCUUUUGGGGGGGGGGGAAAUGGGGGGGGGGGGGGAGAUCGUACGUUAAUUUAUAUAAUGGGGUCGGGGUGUGUUUAUGUUUUCAAUCUUCAUACAUAGUAUUUUUAUAUAUAUAAUUCUACGGUACACUACUUAAUUGUAAUAGAGGGAACGUGCUCAAGUUGCGAAUGAAGUUAAGACGCAUUGAAUGCCGGGCCGUAGGGGUGGGGGGGGGGGGUUAAGGAGUUGAAUUGGAAUCUCGUCGUGUCAGCGGUUUAUUUUCGUAAAAAAAACAUGAAAUGAACAGUCUGUGACUCACUGUUGCAUAGUUUUCGUCGCGCUAUUAUUAUUUUACUAAAGAAGUAAGUUAUUGGUUACCAUCCACCAGGGUUUAAGGGUCACCUGUUUAAAAAAAAAAAAAACUGAAUUACCAUGUCGUCUGAUGACCGUGACUGCCCAACAAACUGACCCGUGCCUUGAACUGACCUCCUUUGACCUCCCUUGACCUCCCUGUGACCCCCUCACCAGCUCCAUGUAACUUCCCAGUGUGACGAUGACCUGUGAUACUUGGGGCCGGGUUCGGGUGUUGCUCGCAAGCGGUCUUCCCUUUUUGGUCGGACAUAUUUUUGUUUUGCCCGAUAAGCGUCUCCAACUUUCGACGUGGUCAAGAGGGUCACCACCGUGGCUGUUGCCAUCGAUUCCGCAUCACCUGGGGGCCACCGUUCCCCCCUUCACGCCAUGCUUGUGUUUGGGUUUGUUGUCCUUCCACCGCACCUCCGACUUAGCACGGUUGGCUACGUCCGGUGCGAAAGAAGUUCAACCAACGCGCGUGCACGCGGUCGCGAUGAAGUUAAUGGGCGGGCUUCAUGAAACUUGCAUCCCCGUCACCACCACGUGGCUCUCGGGCUUCCCCUUGUCACACACGCGCACAGUCGACGGCGUUCGACCAAGAACCACCGCUCGCAAGUCUCAUCAUCUGCGCCGCCAGCGUGGCCACUCGUGGUCUACGCCUGUGCCCACGGACCGCUCCGCAGGCUGCCCUUCCUUGCCCCCACCGUGCACGCGUUGCAACCCACCAUCGCGACAUCCUUUCUCUCGAUCGUCGUCACCACCGCUUUCAAAUGGUCGACGUCGCUUAUCGCAUUCCGUGACAUUUCUGAUAUCCCCCCCCCCCCCCAGAAAAAAACAACACGCUUGUAUAGUAAUUAUUUGUUAAAGUGUAGCACCCUUGCGCCAUAGAACAAAACGAAGGACACUACUACACAUGCACCACUCGUCUCUUCUCAACACUAAAGGUGGCGUCUACUCGUAAGCGAAAAGCAGUUAAUGUGGCAUUAUUUUUUCCUCCAGCCGUUUCAUCAACGUGUAAAUGUAAUUCUUGUUGCCUCGGCCUUCUUGAAUAGGAACGGAUGAGAUCGAUGUUCAGGUUGGAAAGCCACGUGGCGGCUUUCACGCGAGGCAGAAUGACUUUCGGGUGCUGCUGUUGCGUUGAAAUUUCCGAAUUUCGCAUGGGAGGGGGGGGGGGAGUUUGUAAAAACGCGCUCUGCGUUGUUUUUUUAAAUUGUCGGGGGUGAUGAACGAACCUGGCCCCAAGACCUCUUUCCGCCCCCCCCCCCCCUCCAUCGCGUCUUCAUUCUCUAAUUGUAACUAUGUAAAUUAGUCUCUGUACAGUAUUGUGUAACUCAACCUUGUAAAGAAAUGAAUGAUUUUUAUAAAGAAAGUUUUAAUGAAACCUC